GAACAUUGGUCGGGCGCAGCUCAGUGCUCAGUACGAGUUGCCUUAUCGUCGAGUUUGAAAGUGGUUUUUGCGUGGCUUAGAUUGGCUAAAUAGAAUUACUUCGAUUCUGCACAAAUGCUCGUGGGCGCGUAAUAUUUAAGAAUUGAAGUUUCUGCUGUAAAUUUCUUGAAGUUAAUUAAUAUUCGCACAAUGUCCGCCUAUGAACUAAGCAAGCGUGUACAAAUCCGCCUUGCUGUGGUUUUUGUUCUUUUUCAGCUAUGCCUAAAAGCACACCACAGUAAUGCGGCUCCAACAACAGACCGAAGCUUUGCUUACGCCAAAGCACAGGCCAUAAGGAAAUCUGGUGGCAACCCGGAUACAAGCUCUUAUUUUCGACGCGAUCCCUAUGGCGCCAACACAUAUGCAUUUGGCUUUGAGGUUAACGAUAAUCGCACCGGCAACAUACAGUUCCGCGAUGAGCGACGCUAUGUGAAUGGCAGCGUGGAAGGCUCAUUUGGACACGUGCGUCCCGAUGGGCGUGUCAUUGUUACACACUUCCUUUCGGACAAUGAGCGCGGCUUUCUGCACGAGACACGCAUCUUUGAGUCAGGCGACAGCCAGCAGUGGAAAGCGCAUUGGCCCACCAAGCGACCAAAUAUACUCAUGCAACGGCCACAGGAUAUGGCCACCGGUGCUGUGGUGUACGAUAAGGGACUACACUUAAAUGUGACUAACAGUAAAGUGCCGGAGUCGCUGGCGAAUGCGCUCAAUGAACAACACGCUAUCGAUGUGAACGCCGGUGCGCAUGCGGAAGAUGCCAUGGGAGAUUUGGCCAUACAGGAUAUUAUCAAUGGCAGGGUGCCGCUGCAGAUGAAGCCGGGUAAAGCAGAGACACACAUUGGCUUUGAGUCGGUGAAUGAUUUUCUACCAACCCAUUUUCCAAUUGUCCCUUUUAUAUUGCCACCAAUGUUGGGAAAUAUCGGUUUAAGUGGUGAAAAAGCGAUGCCUAAAAAUGCUAGCAAUCCAACGAUCAAUGAAACGAAACAGAAUCAGCAGCAGACUAAAUAUAAUGAGGCUAAAGUAAAUAAUUCGGAAAAAUUCGUUAAUGUUCAGGAGCUUGAGAAGAGUGCGGCGAAUGAAACAAAGUUUGCGCCAUCAAUUAAAGCGUCUCUUUUGACGACUAAAGCGCCUCAUUUGGCUACCAAAGCUGGUAAAAACAACAGCGAACAUAUUGUCACGGAACAACCAACUCCUUUGACCAUCGUUCCGGAGAAUGCAACCUUCGUGAAUGGCACAUGGUACCAGCAACUAAUUGACCAGUCCAGAAAUAAAUUUCUCAAUAAUUUAACCAAUAAGCCGUGAAAUGAAGCAUUGAGUGAAUAUACAUAUAUAUAAAUGAAGAUUUAUAUACUUCCAUUUUAAUAUAUACAUAUCUAUAUAUAUAAGUAUUUAGUAUUAAGAUUUUAACUAAGUAAAACCAAAAUCCUUAAUAAAUAAAUAAAUACGAGUGCCAAA